AUGAGCGAUUUCAACAGUUUUGGCGGCUCUGAAGAGGAGUACGCGUCGGUUCGCAAAUUCGUUGCUGAAACGGAGGCGAACCCAGACAACUUUGAGAGCUGGGAGGGCCUGAUUAAGGCUUGCGAAGCUCUCGACGGCGGUCUCAACCGAAACUCGAGCCCUCAGGCGCUCUCCACCGUCCGCGAUGCCUACGACCGACUUCUGCUCAAGUUCCCGCUCUUUUUUGGGUACUGGAAGAAAUAUGCUGAUCUCGAAUUCAAUAUUGCUGGACCGGAAUCGGCUGAAAUGGUCUAUGAGCGAGGUUGUGCCAGCAUAACCAACUCGGUCGAUCUCUGGACCGACUACUGCUCUUUCAAAAUGGAGACGACGCAUGACCCCACGCUGGUCAGAGAGCUUUUUGAGCGCGGAGCCACCUUUGUUGGGCUAGAUUUCCUCGCUCACCCCUUUUGGGACAAGUACAUUGAGUACGAAGAACGGCAAGAGGCCCAAGAUCGCAUCUUCGCCAUCCAUGCUCGCAUCAUUCGCAUCCCCCUGCAUCAGUAUGCUCGCUACUAUGAGCGGUUCCGAAACCUGUCCCACACCCAGCCUCUUGCGGAGGUUGUGCCGGCAGAUACGCUGUCGAAAUUCCAGGCCGAGGUUGCGGCGGAAGCGGCAGCCUACGGCGGUGCUCCGCGACCGGAAUUGGAGAUUGAGCGGGAUGUUCGAGCCAAGAUUGACGCCAUGUACUACGAAGUCUUCACUCAGACGCAGAACGAGGUAUCAAAGCGCUGGACAUACGAAUCCGAGAACAAGCGACCGUACUUUCACGUGACGGAGCUUGAGCACAGCCAGCUUAACAACUGGCGCAAGUACCUGGACUUUGAGGAGAGCGAGGGUGAUUUUAGCAGAGUCGUGUCCCUGUAUGAACGAUGCCUCGUCACCUGCGCCUUCUACGACGAGUUCUGGUACCGGUACGCCCGGUGGAUGGCGGAGCAGCCCGGAAAGGAGGAGGAAGUCCGCAACAUCUAUAUUCGUGCGUCGACGCUGUUUGUGCCCAUCAGCCGGCCCGGCAUUCGCAUGCAGUGGGCCUACUUUGAGGAGAGCUGUGGUCGCGUGGGCGUUGCACUUGACAUCCACGCCGCCAUCCUUAUGAAGCUUCCAGACUGUGUGGAAGUCAUUGUUUCUUGGGCUAACCUCGAGCGUCGCCAGAACGGCGCCGAGGCUGCCAUCCAGGUCCUCAAGGACCAGAUUGAUGCUCCCACCGUUGACCUGUACACGAAGGCUGCACUGGUGGCCGAAUGGGCCAUGCUGCUAUGGAAGGGCAAGAACUCUACUGAAGAAGCCCGAGCAGUAUUCCUCAAGAAUGUGCAGUGGUAUGCUGAUAGCAGAAUUUUCUGGGACAAGUGGUUCCAGCUGGAGCUUGAGCAAAGCCCUGAGGGCAAGGAAGGCGAAACGGACCAGACGGAGCGCGUCAAGCAUGUCUUUGACGAGUUCCGUAGCAGAAGCCGGCUGCCCAACCCCGUCAAACGGGAGCUGGCUCAAGUUUACAUGAAUUUCCUGAUGCAACGCGGCGGCAAGGAUGCCAUGAAGGAGUUCCUGACUGUGGAUAGACAGAUGUUUGGGUCCGUUCAGCAUGCGAUCCCCCAAGAGACUGAAGGAAUCCAGCUAACACUUACUCAUAGGCCUGUGUCUGUUUCGACCGCGUCUAAAAGUGGAAGUGGCGCCAAGGAGAACGGAGCAUCCCUUGGCGAGCUCGAUGAAGCCAGCAAGCGCAAAGCCCAGAUCAGAUAUCUGAAUUUCUACGAGGCUCACCCGGAGCCAAAUGCGGAAGCUCAAGGGGCUGCCGAUUUCAACUAG